UUCAGGCUGACAAAGGCUGGGAAGAAGGGUCAAGUGUAUGCUAAGAAGAAGAGUGGCUUUAAAUCAUCUUUCAUUCUCUUCCACCAAGUACAACAACCCUGACCUCUCAUCAACAUGGCUCCUGGAAAAGUGAUCGAGAUCACCAUCGCUAAACGCAGUAGUGGAGGCAAACAACCUGACGGUCAAACACCAUUUAACGCACAAAAGUCUGGAACGUUUCCCAAAACAAUUCAACUUUCAUCCGAUGCAACAAUCUUUGAUGUAAAAAAGGCAAUCGUUCAACUUAAAAGAGGUUUCACAAGUGACAGACAAAGAUUGACUACCGAGGAUAAACGUGCUCUGGUAGAUGAUAGUAAAACCCUCACACAAGAAUCAAUCAAAUCUGGCGAUACAAUCUAUGUGAAAGAUUUGGGACCACAGGUCGCAUGGAAGACUGUCUUUUUGACAGAAUAUUUCGGUCCUCUUUUCAUUCAUCCGCUCAUUUAUCAAUUCGCUCCAACACUAUGGCGCACAAAAUUCGAGCAUUCUACAAUGCAAAAAGUCGCUCUAGGAUUGGUUUUGAUUCAUUACCUCAAACGUGAAUAUGAGACUUUGUUCGUUCAUCGUUUCAGUAAUGCUACCAUGCCGCAAUUCAACAUCUUCAAGAACUCAUUCCAUUAUUGGAUCCUCUCCGGUGUUCUCUUGGCCGGUGGAGUGUACUCUCCCUAUUACAGCCAAAAAGCCGUCCAGGGUACAAUUCAAGAUAACCCAGUCUUCCUGGCAACAUUCUCUGCUAUCUUUUUGCUAGGCCAAUUGGGCACCGGUUGGGCUCAUCAAGUCUUGCGUAACUUGCGUAGACCGGGAACAAAAGAGAGAAACAUUCCAAGAGGCGGCUUGUUCGAAUUCGUCAGUUGCCCCAACUACUUUUUCGAGCAUGUGGUAUGGAUCGCCUUCACUAUUUUGACCCUCAACCCUGCUGCUGCUUUGUUCACCUUGGUGAGCAGCGUUCAAAUGGUAUUGUGGGCUUUGAAAAAGCACAAGAACUAUCGCAAGGAGUUCAAAGAUUACCCAAGAAAACGUACCGCAAUCUUCCCUUUUGUCCUCUGAGGGCGGAAGGUCUAUGAUUGAAAUCAAAUUACAUGAAAACAAAAUCCGAUGCAAUUCGAGAA